CAGUGGUCAUUUCUUGUUAACCAGGAAUUCCUGCUUCACACCCCUUUUUCGAUAAAAAUGAGACUGAUAUGGGACAAAUAUACACUUUGUUGACAACUUGAACAUAUUUGGGAUCUUUUAUCAAGUCUUCAGUGGCGCAGUGCUCCUUCGCUGACAUGGCUGAAGACAGUCCUUUGCUAAACAGGGGAGAAACAUCACUAAUGCCUAAGUUCAAUAAACUGAAACUUUUCCUGGCUGUUUUUGUGGCCGUCUUGGGGAACUUCAAUUUUGGCUAUUCCCUGGUCUAUCCGUCCCCCGUCCUACCUGUGCUCCAAAGUCCUGAUGCGGACCCCCGGCUGAGGAUGGACACUUCCCAGGCCGCAAUAUUUGGCUCAGUUUAUAUGCUGGGCGUAGCCGGCGGGGGAUUCCUGGCCAUGCUGCUUAAUGACUUGAUUGGCAGAAAGCUGAGCAUCAUGGUGUCAGCUGUGCCUUCUGCUUUUGGUUACCUGCUGCUGGGAGGGGCUGUGGAAUUAUGGAUGCUCCACCUAGGUCGUUUUCUUACAGGUGUCGCCGGGGGACUGACAGCGGCGUCCAUACCUGUUUACAUAUCAGAGAUCUCCCAUAAAUCACUCAGAGGAGCACUGGGAACUUUCCCUCAGAUCACCGCUGUGUUCGGCGCACUGGCACUCUACGCUUUGGGACUGGUGUUACCAUGGCGGUGGCUUGCAAUGGCAGGAGGCGUGCCAGCAUUUGUGAUGGUAGUACUUUUAGUCUUCAUGCCCUACUCUCCCAGGAGGCUACUCUCUCUGGGCAGAGAGGAGCAGGCUGAGCGCACCCUCCUCUGGCUGAGGGGAGCUGACUAUGAUAUACAGAGCGAGAUUGACGCCAUUAAGCACAGCAUCAGUCUGCAGAGCCGUGCCCCGUGGUCUCAACUGACCAAGCCCAUCUACUACAAACCAAUCCUCAUUUCUGUGGCAAUGCGAUUCCUGCAGCAGCUGUCUGGCAUCACCCCCAUUCUUGUCUACUUGGAGCCCAUCUUUUCUCAGAGCAACACCUCACUGGAGCCCAGGUAUGAUGCCGCAAUUGUGGGAUUGGUUCGCCUCGCUUCUGUCAGCGUUUCGGCAUUUUUGAUGGACAAGGCAGGGCGCAAAGCUUUGCUGUACACCUCCAGCUUUCUGAUGUUCUUGUCCACGCUGACUCUGACCGUGAUUUCCCGCACUGCACCUCACGCACCAGAGCCCGCCCCUACAAACUUUACCGCAAUUACGGAGAACAACUUAAGCUAUGAUGCGGCAUUGAUUGCUCACAACCAAACGCCGGCCAGCUCCAUUCCAAUUAUCAGCGUUGUGGUAUUUAUAUUUGGAUACGCCAUGGGAUGGGGGCCAAUCACUUGGCUGCUUAUGUCGGAGGUGUUGCCUCUGGCUGUCAGAGGCGUGGCUUCGGGCCUGUGCGUGGCCGCCAGCUGGUUGACAGCCUUUGUGCUAACGGUCGUCUUCACUCACCUGGUAGACAGCUAUGGCCUGUACGUGCCGUAUUUUUUUUUCACUGUGGUGAGUGUCGUGUGUUUGCUGUUCACCGCCUUGUGUGUCCCGGAGACCCGGGGCCGAUCGCUGGAGGAAAUUGAGAAUUAUUUCAGGACACGCAGGUUUACAAUUAACAAUGAACAUUAAACUGCACACUCUACAAAGAUGACAAAGAGCUGAUCUAUGAAACUUUGUGGAUACUGGAACAUCUACUGUAUGCGACAUGUUCUCACAUUGCCCGUCAUGCAAAAUAUGUUUGAAUCGAGGGAUGGGCAAUAUACCAUCCAAAAUUUAACCUGCAAAUGUUCAUAAUGUCAAAUAGUAAACCCUUGUUUAACUCAUUGGCUGCCAUCGACAGCAAUAGACGUCCAAUCCAUUAUGACUGGGAGUUAACGAAGAGUUAACAAUACAUAAGUACAUUUAAAAAAUAGUAUACUAAAUAUAGAAAAUUAGAUUGAAAAAUACAAAAAAUGGGAAAAUUCUUAAUUUAAAAAUAAAGUUAAUUAGAAAAAAAUAAAAGUAAAAACUGAAAAUUUAAAAUAGAAGUUUAAAAUACAAAAAAAAAGUUUUAAUCUAAAAUAAAUAAUAUAAAUCACAUGAAAAAUGAUUUUAAUUUUAAUAAUAAAUUUCUCUCAUUCAUUUGAUCUUUAAUUCAUAAAAUAUUUUUAUUUUAUUUAUUUUCUAUAUUUACUCGAUUUAUUUGUAUUCAUUUUUUAUUUUAGGAUUUUCCAAUUUUCAUUGGAUUUUUGGAAAUCAUUAAAUUGAAUUGAUUGAUCAUUUUCAUGUACCUAUGUAUUUUCGCAAUGUUUUUGUUAAAUGUAAAUUCAGGCUAAAUGUGAACUUAAUUUUUUUUCCUAAAGUUUUGACUGCACAUGUCUAAUUUUGAUAUUUAAAACAACAGUUUUGCUUUGCCGCAGUGAAGGUCACUUCAGACUUGACGUCUAUCGUCUAUCCUUAUCGCUCCCAGCCAAAAUAGAUUGGACGUCUAUCACUGUCAAAGGCAGUGAAAUAUGAUCAAUUAUUCAGCCACCUCCACCCCCAUAAUUUGAACCCAAGUUUAUCACUGUCAAUGGCAGUGAAUGAGUUAACCCUUACAUCAUGUUUUGUGUGUAUAACUGAUUUGACUCCAGAGACAAGAAAAUUUUUUUUUUACAACAAUGUGAAUGGCCGUAUACAUGACUACUAGUGGUACUACAAGUGCUAUAAUUCACUAUUGAAAAAAAAUAUUCAAAAAAAAAAUGUUUUCAUUUUUGUAUGUUUUACAAUGAGUAGAUUAAGAUGUACUGUUAUUGACAAAUACAGUGCUGGACAAAAGUAUUGGCACCCCUGCAAUACUGUCAGAUAACUCAGAAAAUGACAAUUACAAUUACAAUUACAAAUGCUUUGGUAGUAAUAUCUUCAUUUAUUUUGCUUGCAAUGAAAAAACACAAAAGAGAAUGAAAAAAAAUCAUUAUAAUUUUACACAAAUUUUACAAAUGGGUCGGACAAAAGUAUUGGCACCCUCAGUCUAAUACUUGGUAGCACAACCUUUAGACAAAAUAACUGCGAACAACCACUUCCGUUAUUCAUCAAUGAGAUUCUUACCUUGCUCUACUGGAAUUUUAGACCAUUCUUCUUUGGCCAACUGCUCCAGGUCUCUGAGAUUUGAAGGGUGCCUUCUCCAAACUGUCAUUUUCAGAUCUCUCCACAGGUGUUUUAUGGGAUUCAGGUCUGGACUCAUUGCUGGACACUUUAAAAGUCUCCAGUGCUUUCUCUCAAACCACUUUCUGGUGCUUUUUGAAGUGUGCAUUGGGUCAUUGUCCUGCUGGAAGACCCAUGACCUCUGAGGGAGACCCAGCUUUCUCACACUGGGCCCUAAAUUACGCUGCAAAAUUUGUUGGUAGUCUUCACACUUCAUAAUGCCAUGAAUACGGUCAAGCAGUACAGUCCCAGAGGCAGCAAAGCAACCCCAAAACAUCAGGGAACCUCCGCCAUAUUUGACUGUAGAGACAGUGUUCUUUUAUUUGAAGGCCUCAUUUUUUCCCCCUGUAAACUCUAUGUUGAUGUCUUUUCCCAAACAACUCUACUUUUGUCUCAUCUGAUUAGAGAACAUUCUUCCAAAACGUUUUUGGCUUUCUCAGGUAACUUCAGCCUGGCUUUUUUAUGUCUCUGGAUCAGAAGUGGAGGCUUCCGGGAUAUCUUACCAUAGAGUCCCUUUUCAUUUAGACGCUGACGGAUAGUACAGGUUGACACUGUUGUACCCUUGGACUGCAAGACAGCUUGAAUUUGUUUGGAUGUUAGUCGAGGUUCUUUAUCCACCAGCUGCACAAUCUUUCGUUGAAAUCUCUCGUCAAUUUUUCUUUGCCGUCCACACCUAGGGAGAUUAGCCACAGUGCCAUGGGCUUUACACUUAUUGUUUACACUGUGCACGGUAGACACAGGAACAUUCAGAUCUUUGGAGAUGGACUUGUAGCCUUGAGCUUGCCCAUGCUUCCUCACAAUUUUGCUUCUCAAGUCCUCAGACAAUUCUUUGGUCUUUCUUUUCUCCAUGUUCAGUGUGGUACACACAAAGACACAGGACAGAGGUUGAGUCAACUUUUUAUCCAUUUUAACUGGCUGCAAGUGUGAUUUAGUUGUUUCCACCACCUGUUAGGUAACAGGUGCUGUUAAUUACACAAAUUAGAGAAGCAUCACAUGAUUUUUCAAAGCGUUCCAAUACUUUUGUCCAGCCCAUUUUUGGAGUUUUGUGUAAAAUGAUAAUGAUUUAAUUUUUUUUGGGUGUUUUUUCAUUGCAAGCAAAAUAAAUGAAGAUAUUACUACCAAAGCUUUUGAAAUUGCAAUCAUUUUCUGGCAUUUUCUGGGAAAAAUUUUGCAUUAUCUGACAGAAUUGCAGGGGUGCCAAUACUUUUGGCGAGCAAUGUAGUUAAGAAAGGGUAACUAUUCGACCAAGUAUUGUGAAAUAAUGAAGGAUAAUGAAGUGAAAUAGUGAAAUGGACAAAAAAUAAAAUUGCAUAAUUACAAGGUCAUGUGAGUAGUUUAAUUUGAUCAUACAUGUUUAAAUUUGUUAUUUUGUUUUUUUUCAAAUGAGGAAGUAAUGGGUUUCCCAGAGUUCAGGUGUAUCUUGGGAAAUUUGAACUGCAGUAUAUUCUCUUCAAAUGAAUAUUUCUUGCAAAAUCAUACUUUUUCAGCAUGGCCCAAAUAUUCUAUUCUGAAUCAAACAUAUAAUGGCACAUUUCAAACAGAGUAAAUUAUCUGUGUAAUUACAUAGUUUAGCUAAUCUUCAGAACAAAAAAAUGUUGAAUAACCGCAGACGAGCCACGUGGCGAAAUGUUUGCAGCUUUGCAUUCUGGCUUUGUGUGUCAGUAUGUAUAGACACCUGUGCGUGGAAUUGUGAUGUUGUAGAACAAAGCUGCAAUGAAUAAUUUAUUAAAGUGAAUUUUAAUUGUCCUUUUUAUUGUAAUAACACAUAUUUAGGAGUUCUAGGACCAUCUUAACCCUUUCUUGCAUGAAUUAGAUUUUUUUUUUGCUUAAAUGUUUUU